CUCCACGUCGAGAUGGACAUUUUGUAGGUAAAAAUGUUGAAUUUAUGUCAACAUUGCCUGGCAUUGUGACAGAAUCACAAUUUCCAUGACCAAUUUGCCUUUACGCUGUGUUCUUUUGGACUCCCUUUGGACUGUCAUUGUGCUGCUUGUGGCAUAGUUAUUUUCACUUCCCAUCGCUCAGAUAAGCCCUAGGCGGGUAUAAGUGCACACAAAUUGGUGAUAAGGCGUGAGGGAGAUCAGUGCCUGACCAAAUGGGCGAUUGGGGCCCGCAGCGAUAGGCGUUCUGACGUGAAAAAGCGUGCAUGCAAAAGUGCCACCCACACGAUGGAGUUCGCCGAGUUGAUUCUCACCCCGAAGCUCGACAAUGUUGUCCUCCUGGCCGGCGGGGAUCAGCCCCCCGUGGCGGGCACACUCUGCAUCACUGGUCACCACCUCAUCCUCAGCACGCGCAAGGAGGACACGCAGGAAUUGUGGCUGCUGCACCAGAACAUUGACUUCCUGGAGCGGAAACCGCAUGUGGUGAACAAUCAGCUUCAGGGUGGGACGCUAGUGCUGAAAUGCAAGGAUCUGCGAGUGAUUGCACUGGAGAUUUCUGCUUCUCAGGACUUUCUCAAUGUCGCCCAGACCAUUGAGCAGUUGAUCACGCUGGACAGCGUGAAUCUGCUCUAUGCCUUCUUCUACAGGCCAAUGUUUUCCAUCUUGGAGGAUGGCUACGAGAUGUUCAGGCCUGAGGUGGAGUUCUCGAAGUUGCUGGCCAGCGAGGAGUGGCGCCUUAGCUCAGUGAAUCGCGACUUCUCUGUGUGCUCCUCCUAUCCUGCUGCUGUGGUAGUUCCUCGUGGGAUCACCGAUGAGCAGAUCAUUGCGUCUGCUGGAUUCCGAGAUGGCGGACGCUUUCCGUUGAUCAGCUAUCGCCACGAGAAUGGUGCUGUGAUGCUGAGAAGUGCCCAACCCUCGCCCACGUCUAGCGGGAAGCGCUGUCGUGCCGACGAAGCCAUCCUCAACAGUGUGCUGGGCAAGAGCCGCAAGGGCUUCAUUGUGGACACGUGGGGCGUGAAGGGGAAAGCCACAACGGAGACGGAUCAGCAUUACUCGCAGUGGAAGAAAGCCACCCGAUCUGUGGGCACGUUUUCCCACAUUUCCCAGCUUCUGGAGUGCUUCAGUCGCCUCGUGGAAGCAUGCAAUGACAUCACUUGCUCACCAGACAAAUGGCUCUCGCGACUGGAGAACAGCAACUGGCUGGGUCAUGUCCUCAGCGCCCUCAACACUGCCUGCGUGGUGGCUCAGUGUCUCGACCAGGAUGGCAGUCCGGUGCUGGUGCACGGCGGCAAGGGUCUAGACACCACUCUCAUCGUCACGUCGCUGGUGCAGAUCAUCCUCAAUCCCGACUGUCGCACAGUGCGCGGAUUACAGGCCUUAAUAGAAAGGGAGUGGGUCCAGGCGGGAUUUCCCUUUCACACGCGCCACCGGCAGUCCUGCUACACACCCUCUCACGUGCGCGCCAAAACCUCUGGCUCCAGCUUCGUUCUCUUCCUCGACUGCGUUCACCAGCUCCAUGCCCAGUUCACCUGUAGCUUCGAGUUCAGUACAAACUUCCUGGUGAUGCUCUUUGAGCACAGCUAUAGCAGUCAAUUCGGCACAUUCCUCGCCGACUCCGAGCGCGAGCGCACUCAACUCGGUGUCACCACCAAGACCACAAGCCUCUGGUCGUACCUCAACCGCCCGGAAGUGCUGCGGAACUUCCUCAGUCCCGUGUAUGAGCCCAAUCCAGCCGUCAUCUGGCCUUCUGUCGCCCCCAUCAGCCUCGUGGUGUGGAAGGAGCUGUACCUGCGAUGGGUGGUUGACCAGGACCAAGCACAGAAGCUCAGAAAUCAAAUUCAGUCACUCGUGGAUGAGGAGAAGGAGCUGCGAUCUAAGGUUGUACGCCUGCGGAAGCAAUUGAUGGAUCUCUACAGGGACUACCAGGACCUCGAGAAGUGUGGACGUGGAACGGAUCAUUGUGAAUAGUUGUCUCUCUCCCGGUGUGCAAUUCGUCAGUCAAUUCCCGGCCUCAGAAAAUGGGUAUCUAAACUAAUAUUGAAAAUUCUCUCUCUCCCCCCUCUCUAUAUAUAUAUAUAUUCCCACAGGAAGCAUUUAAAAAGUAUUUUCUGUGUGGUUAUUCCAUGAGGACUGAAUGUAUUUUGGCAUAAUUGAUUAAAAGAUUUAACCUAACAUCAAUGUUUAUGGUAUUUUCUAAUAAAAGUGAUCGGAAAUGGGGAGUAUUUCCAGAAGAGUGUUCCAGAAGUUUUCCCGCUUCUAGCAACAGGUCAACACCCGGCGU